GUACAUGGUGAUUUGCCUGAUGUUUGGAGUAGACAUUAUGGUCAUGACCAUUUUAUGGUUAUGGCUAGGCCUGCUUGGGAUUUUAAUCAACCGUUCGAUAGUGAUCCUAUGUAUUUUGGUACUUCAUUUCUUGAAUUGCCUGAGUUAUUCAAUGUUACUGCAUUGACUCUUGAAAGUAGAGCUUUUCCUUGGCAAGAACAAGCUAUUCCAUAUCCUACUUCAUUUCAUCCUCCGAAUUUAGCAUUUUUCGAAUCUUGGGUGAAUAGGGUAAGGAGGUCUAGGAGGAAGACAUUGAUGUUGUUUGCUGGUGGUGGUGGAAGUUCAAGUAAGCCUAAUAUCAGGAGAAGUAUUAGACUUGAGUGUGAGAAUGUGACUAGUACGAGUGCUAAUGGCACGGGGUAUGAGAAAUUGUGCGAAUUGGUAGAUUGUUCUAGUGGAAUUUGUCAACAUGAUCCUAUAAAGUUUAUGAAGCCAAUGUUGCAAGCUAGCUUUUGUUUGCAGCCUCCAGGAGAUACUCCAGCUAGACGGUCCACAUUCGAUGGGAUUAUUGCAGGGUGCAUUCCUGUGUUCUUUGAAGAUUUGUCUGCAAAGAAACAGUACGGAUGGCAUUUACCAGAGGAGAAGUAUGAGGAGUUUUCAGUGUCUAUACGUAAAGAAGAUGUUGUGUCUAAGGGGUUGAACAUUAUUGAUGUUUUAAAAAGUAUACCAAGAGGUCAAGUUAGGAGGAUGAGAGAAAAGGUUAUAGAAAUGAUGCCUAGAGUGAUGUAUAGAAAGCAUGGAAGUUCAUUGGGUUUGAGGACUAAAAAGGAUGCCUUUGAUAUUUCAAUAGAAGGUACUUUGGAAAGAAUCAGGUCUAGGCUUCUAGAAGUAGCAGCUCAAUGAUUGUUUAUCUGUUAUUACUAUUAUUUAUGACACACCAAAUGGUGUAGAGAUAGUUUUAUAGUCAAUUAGUUCCACUGAUAAUGAAUCAAUGUAAAGGCAAACAAUAGUUUAUACAAGUAGUUGUAGCAUUUGUCUCGGAGUUGCCUGUCCUACGACAUUUGUUACUCCUCGUUGAUUAAUAGUUGUCAUAUUAGUGGGUUAUGGUGAAUGCUCCUCUUUUAAA